CGUGCGCAAGCACUGGUUCAGCGCUGAUCAGUUUUGUUGAAAAUAAAUUGAUCAUCUCGACCAGGAAAACAAUUAAAUAAUGGCAAGUACAAAAGUUGAUAAUCCUGAAAAGCCAGGACAAGAAGUAACACCUAUUCAUAGAAUUAGGAUUACACUUACUUCACGAAAUGUACGCUCCCUUGAGAAAGUGUGCUCUGAAUUAAUCAAUGGAGCAAACAAACAGAAACUCAAGGUUAAAGGACCAGUUCGUAUGCCUACAAAGAUUUUAAGAAUAACUACGCGUAAAACUCCUUGCGGUGAAGGUUCAAAAACGUGGGAUCGUUUUCAGAUGCGCAUUCACAAGAGAGUUAUUGACUUAUAUUCACCAUCAGAAAUUGUUAAACAAAUUACAAGCAUUUCUAUUGAACCUGGUGUUGAAGUUGAAGUUACAAUUGCAAAUGAAUAA